CGCCCAUAGAUCCAGCCUAGCGAAAUCAGCUAAUCUCCCUCAACCCGCUCGUACCGAUCACUCAUCUCAGACCCUCCGCAUCGCUCGUGCUGCCGACUGUGCACUCCAUCGAACCCCUCACCCCUCAUAUCCUCUCCAUACCCGUCAUUGCUGCUCCAUCGCGGAUACAUAUACCUGUUUAGACCGGCAAGAUGGGAGGUCAAAUAUCCAAGAUGAUGAACAAGAUCUUCGGAUCCAAGGAGAUGCGGCUGUUGAUGCUGGGCCUCGACGCCGCAGGCAAGACGACCAUCCUCUACAAACUCAAACUCGACCAGGACGUCACCACCAUCCCGACCGUCGGCUUCAACGUCGAGUCCGUCACAUACAAGAACACCAAAUUCAACGUGUGGGACGUCGGAGGCCAGGACAAGAUUCGUCCGCUGUGGAGGCACUACUUUUCCGGAACGCAAGGUCUCAUCUUCGUCAUCGACUCGAAUGAUCGCGAUCGCAUCGACGAGGCGCGCACGGAGCUCACGCGUAUCAUUCAGGAUAGAGAGAUGAAGGACGCGCUGUUGCUCGUGUUUGCGAAUAAGCAGGAUCUACAAGGGGCAAUGCGCCCCCAAGAAGUCUCCGAACGCCUGCAACUAGAAAAGAUUGCCAAAGACCAUGUCUGGAAGGUCGAGCCUAGUUGCGCAACCACGGGCGAGGGCAUCUUCGAGGGCUUGGCAUGGCUCUCCAAUAACGUCAAACUUCCCGCCGGCGCCAAAUAGACUUUCUCGAUUGAAUGAUGCAUUCCUUGUGCUCUGCCUGUUUUUCUCUGCACUCUCCUGCUUAUACCCCCGUCAGAGAGGUUUUUGUGUCUGCUAGGGUUCUGUUAUGUUUGCCCCUUUUUGAGCGGUACGGAUUUGUAAUAUUGAGUGUGGCGCGCUUGUGGGGAUGAGCGGAUUCUCUUCACCUUCUCCUUCUUCUCCUUCUACUUCUUCUUUUGCUGCUGCUGAUUGCGCAAG